AUGAGUAACAACGACAACAAGAACUCAAACACUGCCACUUCCAAGACAUCUCUGAACAUGUCAAGGGUUAGCAGGGGUGGCAAGCAAGUUACCGGUGGAUCUCGAGUUGGAUACAGAAAGAGAGGUCCAACUGAUUCAUUGCAGCAGAGUCAUCAAGAGAUUAACGAUAUCCCUGAAUCACAGCAAUGUUUGAUUUGUGCAGAACGUAUCACCUAUGCCGCGUUGACACCAUGUAAUCAUACAACAUGUCAUAAAUGUACAUUUCGCCAGCGAGCUUUGUAUGAAAAGAAUAAUUGUCUCAUAUGUCGAAGUGAAAAUGAUAGGAUUGUCAUUACUGAGCAAGUAGAUAAAGGGUACGACGAAAUUGGGGUCACUGAUAUUGUAGCCUUUGACGAAAAAUAUCGAGUCGGGUUUACACAAGAGUAUGUCGAACAGGACACUCUUCGAUUGUUGAAAAAUGAGUGUCAGAUUUGUGGUGAAAAUUUUCCCACAUUUAAGGAAUUGGGCGACCACGCUAAGGAUUCCCACGGGAAAUACUACUGCUUAAUCUGUUCAAGACACAAAAAGGCAUUCAAGGUCGAACUUCCUGUUUUUACUUACAAGCAAUUGCAGAAACAUCAAUCACAAGGAGAUACAACUGGAUUCAAGGGCCAUCCUGAAUGCAAGCAUUGUCAGGGGAAAAGAUUCUACUCAGAAGACGAGUUGAAUAUACAUAUUCGUGACCGCCAUGAACGGUGUCACAUUUGUGAUCAGACUACACCCAAGACUGCUGAUUAUUAUAGAAAUUAUGAUGCAUUGUAUCUGCAUUUUAGUAGAGUCCAUUAUGUAUGCACAGUUCCAUCUUGUGUGGAAAAGAGGUUUGUUGUGUUUAGGGACGAUUUGGAUUUAACGGCUCAUAUGUUGAAAGAACAUGGUGGGCUAAACAAUGGGCAACGUGUGGUUAUUGGUUCUAAUUCAUAUCAUCAGCAUAGUGGUCAUUUUAGUCAAUUAUCUACAUUCAACAAUUCUCGCUGGUUAUCAUCAAAUGAAGAUCAAGAUGAAGACCAACAAUCCCCUGAGAUCAAAAAGAGGCGUUUUGAAGAGAGGGCCAAACAUUAUUUGAAUUAUGAUAAUGCAAAAUAUCAGGAGUUUACCAAAAUCAACGAACUAUUUUCCAAAAAGAAAAUCAAUGCUAGUGAGUUGUUAUCUCUUUAUCAAAAAGAUUUAUUCAUCCAUCAAUCUUUGGAAGACUUGAACUUUUUAUUCAAAGAGUUUCUUGAAUUCUUCCCUAAAACGAGUGACUUGUACAAAGAUUUGUUGACACUUGUAGUGGAAGAGAAUGAAAACAAUCCCACAGAACAAUUCCCAGUUUUGGGUGGAUCAAAUGCCGCUAAUGCGUUCACGUCAAACGGAUGGAUUGGUGGUGGUGGUAGUGGAAGCGCUGCUGGAUCGAGUAGGAACAGUGGGGCAUCAACACCGGUUGAUAGAUUCCCACCAUUGAAGAAACCAGAGAAAGUAAAGUAUGUCAAUCCCAACGAACAACCGAUACGAUACUCAACGGUUCUUAAAAAAAGCAAACCAAAGGCAGUGUCGGUUAACAGAUCACCCUUCAUUAUGUCACCAGCUCCGUAUUUGCCAAAUUAUCUCGAUCGUAUCAACAAUACCAAAUCUGACACAUCGUUGACGAAUGGCUCAAAAUCGUCUACCCAAGCAUUUAAGCCUCCUGCACUACAUAACGCUGGAGCUGCUGCCCUUGAUGAUAACAAAUUUCCCGCAUUGGAGAAGAAAUCUGUCAAAAAAAUGAUACCGCGGGUCAAUGAGGUCAAGGUUACUGAACCUAGUUCCUGGGGUAAACCUGGUGCUAGCAGUAACGGAUCUACCAAAGUGACAAUCCCUGAUGAUACCAGUGGUAUUGAAAUUGUUGACAAGAGGAAGCAAAAGAUGAAGAAGAAACAGGACAGAAUUUUGUUUAGCAAUGCGUUCUGA